UCUUCAGUAUCACACUGGACACGAUCGACAUCACAGUUUUCAAACAGUUUUGUGAAUUAUUCGAUAUAACGUAAUUUAUGUGACGUUAUUAAUUUUGAAAACGUAACUGUUGAAACGAGUUUUGUCAUCCCCCAUAUAGUGCAACUAGUUGUUUAGUCAUUUUGAAAGAUUGCAUCUAAUAUCCAGAAUGAGUUACAGUGUACGCGCAGUGAUCAUUGUCUUCGGUGUAAUCCUUCUUGUAACGUCAGGGUCUGCCUUACGAUGCUGGGUUUGUUCGUCCAACGUGAACGUCAUGUGCGACGAUCCGAUGAAUACUACGGACCAUCAAACCGCAUUCCACGUAAGAACAUGUGAGGCAGGUCAUUACGGCUCUGCUAAACCCAUCUGCCGCAAGAUUGUCAAGAGAGAAUAUGGCGAUCGAGUUGUGAUACGUCAGUGUUCCACUCCGUACCACGACGAAGUCAACAUCGCCGACGGUCCAUGCAGCACUGUAUCGCAGCCGGGGCAUGACGUAAUCGAGUCCUGCCAUAUUUGCAGCACUGAUUUAUGCAAUUCCGCGAUAAGCGCACGUACAACGCGACUGCUCUACGCCGGUACACUGACACUCUUUGUUUAUAUUUUCUUCCAGUCAAAAUACUGCAAUUUUUAACCACACGUGUUGUAGCAUAGCGCGUAACCGUGACCUCUCUCUUUCUCGCGAGUGAGACUAAUCUCAACGACUAAACCGCGAAAGAUAUUCAUGAUAGUGUAGCCGCGCGAACAGUUAACGCUGUUUAUACAUGUAACUAACAAAUUGUUAUUCCCUUGUUUAAAGUCGGUUCUGAUUCGUGAAGGGGCACGCGUGAGUGCUUGUGGAAAUAAUAUCGCGCAAUUAGUGUCUUUGUUUCGCGGACUGCUCGAAGAAGAUGUAGCUGAGAGAAAUUUGUACUUUAUACACUCACACACUACACACACACGCGCACACAUACACACACACACACACGUGCGCGCGCGCGCGCGCGCACGCACGCACGCACGCACGCACGCACUCACGCACAUGCCGUUUGGAAUGCAUUUAUAAUUCUGUUUCGCGAUGGAAAUUGUAAAUAAUAAGCGCGCGAAUUACGAGCGACACUGAUUUGCCAGUUACUGUAAGUACAAAAUAAAGAAUGUAACAUAAUUACGUGUAAACUUGUUUUAUCAAGGAACGUCUAACAAUUUCAUACAAGUCUAAAUUACUUUUGCCGUUUACAUGCGAUACGAAAUCAGCUUCACAUUCGUUUCCUUGACUUAUAUCGCAUCUGGUACUUAGCAAACUAUCGCUUCUAAUGAUAAUAAUAAUAAUUGCGCAAUGUAGAUAUAUAUAUAUAUAUAUAUAUAUAUAUAUAUAUACCGCGUUAAGUUCACCGCCACGAUGUAUCAUCUCUGUUGGAUCAGUCUUGUCCCGUUCGGAAUCUUACCUCGUCUGCAAAGACGACACUCUAGAUUUUCUCCCUUUCGCUAUGUCUCUUCUACACAAGUAUACUCUAAGUAUAAGAGCGAAAGCCGCGAAUGUAAAGCACGAGAAAGCUUAUCAGCAAUCCGUCCAGCGAUUAGAAUAAUCAAUAUAUGUUCCCGAAA